AUGAGACGACCUGAGCAAUGCAUCUUUUGGCGUUUGAUCGUGGCAUGGGGCCGCUGGCCAUUCGGCGGGCAAGAAUCGCAAGCUUCGGACCACGCGGAGGCGCGGCGUUUGUGUGACCAGGAUCGAAAAGUGACUUUUAUUGGUUGGGAAGCUGUCUUCGCCUCUCGACACGUUGUUCAUGAACAUGGCGUUGGAGAAUUUGUCGACCCGGCGCCCAUAUAUGGCGUACGCGCCGCCGAUUGUUUCGCGUCUCUCUCGGCGACGGGCUUCAACGCAAUGAAGGGCUCGAUAUUGCACCGCGCUCCUAGCCGCUGUGAGGCUCGGGGGUGCUUCUUUCCCAUGGUUUGGAACCGCCUUUUUGUGUUUUUCCUUCUUCUCUUCUCAACUCUGCUCUUUUCUUACUUAUCUCUGGGUUUUCCAUGGGCUCUGGCGUUUGUAUCUGCGGAGUGGGCGUUUUUGGAAGUACCAGGCGUGGAGGAUGAAAUGAUAUUGACGGGCUCCCAUGAGUGA